GAGCUCAGCGCGGGUGAGUCCUGAUUCUAGAGAUAGCUGCUGUUGACCUGUAACCCUAAGGACGAAAUAGCUGGCUAGCCUCAUUCUUGGUACAGGUGUACACCAUGUCCUUGAAGAUUCAGACCAGCAAUGUAACCAACAAGAAUGACCCCAAGUCCAUCAACUCUCGGGUCUUCAUUGGGAACCUAAACACAGCUGUGGUAAAGAAGUCAGAUGUGGAAACCAUCUUUUCCAAAUAUGGCCGUGUGGCCGGCUGUUCUGUGCACAAAGGCUAUGCCUUUGUCCAGUAUGCCAAUGAGCGCCAUGCCCGGGCGGCUGUGCUGGGAGAGAAUGGACGGGUGCUGGCUGGACAGACUCUGGAUAUCAACAUGGCUGGGGAGCCCAAGCCCAAUAGACCCAAGGGGCUAAAGAGAGCAGCAACUGCCAUAUACAGGCUGUUUGAUUAUCGAGGCCGCCUUUCUCCAGUGCCUGUGCCCAGGGCAGUCCCAGUGAAGCGACCCCGUGUCACGGUCCCUUUGGUUCGCCGUGUCAAAACUACAAUACCUGUCAAGCUCUUUGCCCGUUCCACAGCCAUCACUACUGGCUCAGCCAAGAUCAAGUUAAAGAGCAGCGAGCUACAGACCAUCAAAACAGAGCUGACACAGAUCAAGUCCAACAUCGAUGCCCUGUUGGGUCGCUUGGAACAGAUUGCUGAGGAACAAAAGGCCAACCCAGAUGGCAAGAAGAAGGGUGACAGCAGCAGUGGCGGAGGAGGUGGCAGCAGUGGCGGAGGCACCAGUGGCAAUGCUGGUGGUAGUGGCGGCAACAGUGGCGGCGGUGGCAGCGGCGGCAGCAGCAGCCGGCCCCCGGCCCCCCACGAAGACACGGCCUCUGAGGCAGGCACACCCCAAGGAGAAGUCCAAACUCGAGAUGAUGGUGAUGAGGAGGGACUGCUGACACAUAGUGAGGAGGAACUGGAGCACAGCCAGGACACAGAUGCAGAAGAUGGGGCCUUGCAGUAAGCAGGAGAAAUGGCCACCAGCAGAAGGGCAUCACUGUCUCAGGCCUCAAGCCAGGCACUCAUUUCUGGAUGCCAGUUUGUAGCGGGUACCAGAGGAAAGCUGGCAGCAGGCACUCCUCUCCCCAUGCAUCCCAGCCAGUGAGUGCUACAUCCUUUGCAAGUGGAGUUACUGGCCUACCCUUACCCCAUGCACUCUUCCUGUCUGCACUGCCUGGGCCAAAGGGCAGAACACAUUCUGCCCUUCUUCCCCAGGGCAUUCCUAGGCUUGGGGUUUUUCUAUAGGUUUGAAAGUAGGGGGGUGGGGUGGGGUGG